GCCCCAUGCCUCUGGCGCGGCCCUCGGGGGGGCGAAGGUGAAGACCGGCUCCUAGGAUGAGUGAAGGGGCGGCCGCUGCCUCGCCACCUGGUGCCGCUUCGGCAGCCGCCGCCUCGGCCGAGGAGGGCACCGCGGCGGCUGCGGCGGCGGGCGGGGGCCCGGACGGCGGCGGAGAAGGGGCGGCUGAGCCCCCCCGGGAGUUACGCUGUAGCGACUGCAUCGUGUGGAACCGGCAGCAGACGUGGUUGUGCGUGGUGCCUCUGUUCAUCGGCUUCAUCGGCCUUGGGCUCAGCCUCAUGCUGCUUAAAUGGAUCGUGGUGGGCUCCGUCAAGGAGUACGUGCCCACGGACCUGGUGGACUCCAAGGGAAUGGGCCAGGACCCCUUCUUCCUCUCCAAGCCCAGCUCCUUCCCCAAGGCUAUGGAAACCACCACUACGACCACUUCUACCAUGUCCCCCGCCACCCCCUCUGCCGGCGGCGCCGCCUCCUCCAGGACGCCUAACCGGAUUACCACCCGCUUGACCACCAUCACGCGGGCGCCCACUCGCUUCCCUGGGCACCGGGUGCCCAUGUGGGCAAGCCCGCGCUCUACCACGGCACGGAACACUGCGGUCCCCCCGACGGUCCUGUCCACCACGGUCCCUUUCUUCAGUAGCAGCACGCCAGGCUCCAGACCCCCAAUGCCAGGAGCCCCUAGUACGCAGGCGAUGCCUUCCUGGCCCACUGCGGCGUAUGCUACCUCCUCCUACCUCCACGAUUCCACUCCCUCCUGGACCCUGUCACCCUUUCAGGAUGCCGCGGCCGCCUCUUCUUCCUCACCCUCUUCCACCUCCUCCACUACCACCACCCCAGAAACUAGCACCAGCCCCAAAUUUCAUACCACGACAUACUCCACAGAACGAUCUGAGCACUUCAAACCCUGUCGAGACAAGGACCUAGCAUAUUGCCUCAACGAUGGAGAGUGCUUUGUGAUUGAGACCCUGACAGGAUCCCAUAAACACUGUCGGUGCAAGGAAGGCUACCAAGGAGUCCGUUGUGAUCAAUUUCUGCCGAAAACAGACUCCAUCUUGUCGGAUCCAACAGACCACUUGGGGAUUGAAUUUAUGGAGAGUGAAGACGUUUAUCAAAGGCAGGUGCUGUCAAUUUCAUGUAUCGUCUUUGGAAUUGUCAUCGUGGGCAUGUUCUGUGCAGCAUUCUACUUCAAAAGCAAGAAACAGGCUAAACAAAUCCAAGAGCAACUGAAAGAAUCACAGCACGGGAAAAACUACAGCCUCAAGACGUCCAGUACAUUGUCAAAGUCCGAGAGCCUGAUGAAGAGCCAUGUCCAGCUGCAAAAUUACUCAAAGGUGGACAGGCAUCCUGUGACUGCACUGGAGAAAAUAAUGGAGUCAAGCUUUGUGGGUCCCCAGUCAUUCCCCGAGGUCCCUUCUCCUGACAGAGGAAGCCAGCCUGUCAAGCCCCACAGCAGGAAUAUUUCUUCUUGCUGCAGUCCAGGACAAAGGAGUGGGAUGCUGCACAGGAAUACCUUCAGGAGGACACCACCCUCACCCCGAAGCCGACUGGGUGGGAUUGUAGGACCAGCAUAUCAGCAACUGGAAGAAUCAAGGAUCCCAGACCAGGAUACAAUACCUUGCCAAGGGAUAGAGGUCAGGAAGACUAUAUCCCAUCUGCCUAUACAGCUGUGGUGUGUUGAAAGACCCCUGGACUUAAAGUAUGCAUCCAAUGGCUUACGAACCCAACAAAGCGCAUCCAUAAAUAUGCAACUGCCUUCAAGAGAAACAAACCCCUAUUUUAAUAGCUUGGAUCAAAAGGACCUAAUGGGUUAUUCAUCCCCAAGGGCCAACUCUGUGCCCAUCAUCCCUUCAGUGGGUCUAGAAGAAACCUGCAUGCAAAUGCCAGGGAUUUCUGAAGUCAAAAGCAUUAAAUGGUGCAAAAACUCCUAUUCCGCUGACAUCGUCAAUGCGAGUAUUCCAGUCAGAGAUUGUCUUCUAGAAGAACAACAGGAAGUGAAGAUAUUGCUAGAGACUGUGCAGGAACAGAUCCGGAUUCUGACUGAUGCCAGACGGUCAGAAGACUAUGAACUGGCCAGCGUGGAAACUGAGGACAGUGCGAGUGAAAACACAGCCUUUCUUCCCCUGAGUCCCACGGCCAAAUCAGAACGAGAGGCACAAUUUGUCUUAAGAAAUGAAAUACAAAGAGACUCUGUGUUAACCAAGUGACUCGAGAUGUAGGAAUCUGUGCAUUCUCUGCUUUGCUCAACAGGAAAGAGAGGAAAUUAAAUACAAAUUAUUUAUAUGCAUUAAUUUAAGAGCAUCUACUUAGAAAAAAACCAAAUAGUCUGCCGCCCUCAUAUCAUAGUGUUUUUUAACAAAAUAUUUUUUUAAAGGGAAAGAAAAGAAACGUUUCAGGAAGGAUAAAGCUUACCACUAAAGCUUUUCGGGGAGGAUUCUGAAUCCAUUUUCAGUUAGCCCCAACACUGUCCUCUUUGGCUCUUGGAAGAUUUGGCCAAUUCCAACCUCUGCUUCCAUAGUGCCAGUAUCUGUAUGGAAAAGAAACUGGUGUUCACCUAGCUUCAAAGACAUGCGCUAUAUCCCAAGAAAGGAUGUGCCAGUGAGCAGGUAGCCCUGGUCAUUUGGCUCUUGGGUUCCAACCCCUAAAUUUCUAUUCAUCAAUGCUCUCACCACAGUUUAUGUCAUGUCAAGGAGUGGAGUGCUUUGUAUUUGAUUUUUAAAGACUGGUGGGAAAACACGAACAGGAAGAAAGAUGGAAAAUAGGAGUAACCUGGUUAAUCUUAGCUACUCUAAUGUGCCAUCUUUCUCUGACAUUUGAAAGCACAGAACCUCAGAGCGAGAUGGGAAACUAUUAUAGGAGAAGAGAUAAAAAAACAAAAACACAAAUGACAAUGUUGUGCCACUAAAAUUAUGCUAAUAGAAAUGUUUUUUCUUGGAAAGUGUUUAGAAGCUCUGAAAGGGCACCUUUCAGUGUUUGUGUGUGUGUGUGUGUGUGUGUGUGUGUGUGUGUGUGUGUACCUGUGUGCAUAGGUAUGAGCUUGCGAGUGUGUGGACUUGCUCACUCAAGCACAUAUGCUGUAUGCACAUGUGUUCCUUGUAUGUAUGGGUGUGCAUGUGUGUGCAUAUUAAAGCUUGCAAAAACUUGUUCUCAAACAUCAGGGAAUCAAAUAUUCAAAAGAAAUUUUCCCUCUUAAAUCUUUUCACUUUAAAACUUUCCAUUAAAUAGAAAUUUGGUUAGAGAGUUCUUGAACCAAGGUAACUUGCAUGGUGGGGUCUUACAAAAACUCUUGACGAGGUCUAGACCCUUUUCUGAUGUGAACACUUUUUAAAAGAACAGUCUUUGGGUUAUUGAUAUCAGUAUCACAAAGCAAAUUAAUGGAAGAUGUGUUCAUUUUGAAUCUUUUACUUAAAUUACUGACACAAGCCAAUUAUCAAAUUAACAGGUGACCAUUUUAAUUUCUUGUCAUCCUCAUUGCUACUUUACAGUAAGUUUGCUCUAUGUAGACAGAGGCUCUAGCUUCUCUGUUUAACAUGGAAGGAAUAAAUUGUUGAAAAUCACAAAUCCCAGACUAUUCAGUUCACAAGCAAUGCCCCCCAAACAAUAAAUUGUGUUGUAUGUUCAUUUGGAAUAAAGCAAUAUUUUUACCACUGCUAAGGUGAACU